AUGCUGCGUCGCCUCUGCACGCCGCGAGGCGGUAGCGCGCUGCUGUUGCCGUCCUGCGCGAGGCAGUGGAUGGGCGGAAGCGGCGCCGCCUCGCGUGGUGCCGUGCAUUCAUCUCUAACGAAUGUGGUGCGGCGGGCUGCACUCCCUUCACGCAGGACUGCUGCUGCGGUGCCGUUGACGAAGAGUGCGGCAAAGAGGAGCGACGCGAGGAAUGCAUCCAGUACAAGGGCUGCGAAGACCGUAGCGGCGAAGCAGGUGACACGCCGCCAGGCAGCACGAGAGAAUAGUAGCAGCCGCAGUAGUAGUGGCGGAAGGUCGGCGAAGCCAACGACAGGCACGUCGCCACGUGUGAAGGCGGGGGGCUGUGGUGGGAAGGGGCGUGUGUCAAAAGGACACCCGCACGCGCAUGCCGUGCAGAAGAUGAAGUACAACAAGCGGGUAGCGGCCAUCGCCAAGCUUUGGCGGAUGCAAAAGAAGAAGGUGCCUAGACCUCCGGCGUCGUCGCUCUCUCCCCCCUCUUCAUUAAAUAGAUGA